AUGACGUUGAUUACACUGUGGGCUGGGGGCCCAGGGCCGAAACACAGCGCGGGGGGCGGAUGCACACGGCUGCACAGUGCUCCCCCGAUGAUUGACAGGAUCAGGUGCUGUGUCACUAGGCGGACCGUCAGGCGCAGACAGGGCUACCAGGGCGAUCACAUCCCAGGGGUCCUGUUCGCAGCCUGUCGGGGCUUGGACCAACCGCAGCUGCUUCCAGCUGUGUCACUAGGCGGACCGUCAGGCGGGGGAGCUAACUGUUUCGACAGUCUCAGGAGGAUGCAGAUGUUGGCGGACUUGAGCAACCAGCCUGUGGUCUCCUCAAUCACUGUUUCGGAGACUGGUCAGGUGCUGCCGCAAUACGGUGGAAACAUCAUCGUCUACGUGGGGACACCUAUCACGCGUCUGCGUUCGCCUCCCCCUCCUCCUCCUCCUCCUAGCCCCGCACCAAGUCCCGCACCAAGUCUUGUACCAAGCAACACGAUGCUUGUGAGCUCCUUCCCCUUCGGCAGCGGCUGCAUUCUGGGACGCGACGCCACGCAGUCCCCGGUGCGCUUGUCUGCACCCCUGGGGCCUAUGAAUGUAACCUCCAGCACCGCCACCUAUUGCCUCCUCAUCAGCAGCAACGCCUCACUAGUUAGCCCUACUGCUGAGUGCGCGGGCAUGGAUAGCGUACGCAGGGUCGAUAUGGUUGUGGAUGCAACGUGCGUGCAACAGAAGCCCAAGCCCAUCACGGUAGUAACCGUCAACGGCCGUGUGCCACAGCAUAACCUCCAGAUAAUCAAUUUUGAUGGCGCAGAGUACGGCGUACUAACAAUCAAACGCAUUGACUCGUUGUUCCAAAGCAUACCGGACAAUGGGCUAUCUGUGUGCCUGACUUUCAAUAAGGCGGCUAGCGGGUGCAGUAGGCCUCGGGCUCUGUUCUUUGGUCCCACCAUCGUGUACCAGGUCACCAGCAUUGACUUCAUGUGCUGCCCCACGUCGGAGGCGCCGGAGUCCUAA